CUUAUUUUGAAUUGAGAUGUCAAGUGUUCAUGUUGACGUCGUGGGUCCCAUUCACAUUCCCAUCCGCCAUCCCCUUCCAACUUGGUAACUCCUUUGCCAUAAUACCAAACUCGCCCCCAUUCUUUCUCAUAACUGUCAACUGCUAAGAAUCAGAAUCAGAAUCAGAAUCAGAAUCCGAUGGUGGUUUCUGGUAGAGGAGAUGCACACAAGCGUCUUUGCAGCUCCAAAUUCUUCAAAUCUUGGGUUUCUCAUCCACAAAAGGGACAACACUGUCCAUCACUUCUCAAUUUGUGCAUCCACGCAGCCACCCAGGACAUACUUCAAUAUCAUACCUUUUCUGAACUCCCACCGGAUUUAACUCAGCAAAUUUUCAACAACCUACUUUUCUCUGGUCGUCUCACGCUCCCUUCCCUCCAAGCUUUUCGACAUUGCACCCUCCAGGAUAUUUACUUGGGAGAAUAUGAUGCUGAUGUUGUGGAUGAUUCUUGGAUGGAUAUCGUCUCAUCACAGGGUUCAUCUCUGCUUCAUCUGGAUCUAUCAGCGUCUCAACUCACUGACUAUGGACUUAGCUAUCUGCAACAAGGCCUGACAAACUUGACGAGUUUGAGUUUUGGAAGAAACCAUGCAAUUUCUGCUGAAGGAAUGAGUGCCCUUUCUGGUCUAGUUAACUUGGUCAACUUGAAUUUGGAGAGAUGUCCUGGGAUUCAUGGAGGCCUUGUUCAUCUUCAAGGUUUAACCAAGUUGGAAUCUCUGAAUCUGAAGUGGUGUAAUUGCAUAAUAGAUGUCGAUAUGAAACCUCUAUCAGAGCUUACAAACCUGAAAAGUCUUGAGAUUUCCUCCAGUAAAGUCACAGAUAUUGGCAUCCGUUUUCUAAAAGGGCUACAAAAUCUUGCUCUGUUAAAUUUGGAAGGCUGCUUCGUAACAGCUGCAUGCUUGGAUACUCUUGCAGAACUUUCUUUGUUGGAUUUAAGAUUAACUAAAGAAUCAUUCAAGCAACAAGUUAAUAUUGUGAUUGAUUGUUUUCUGCCAGAGCUUCCAGCCCUCUCGAACUUGAAUAUCAGUAGAUGCAAUUUUACUAACAAUGGAUGUGAAAUGUUUUCACGACUGGAAAAUUUGGAAGUGUUAAACUUGGGAUUUAAUGAAAUAUCAAAUCCAUGUUUAGGACACUUGAAAGGACUGACAAAGUUGAAGAGCUUGAACCUUGAUUCAUGCAGAAUUGAUGAUGAUGGAUUGGUCCACCUGGCAGGCCAUCAGCAAUUAAAAUGUCUGGAACUCUCUGAUACAGAAAUUGGAAGCAGUGGACUUCAACAUUUAUCAGGAAUGUAUAGUCUGGAGAAACUAAAUGUGUCAUUCACAAUGAUUAGUGAUAGUGGUUUAAGUGAAUUGUGUGGACUGUCAUCUCUCAAGUCACUCAAUUUGGAUGCUCGCCGUGUUACUGAUUAUGGACUCGCUACCCUUGCAAGUUUGUCCGGGCUUACUGACCUGGAUUUGUUUGGGGUACAGAUCACAGAUUUUGGAACAAACUACCUCAAAAACUUUAAGAGCUUGCAGUCGCUGGAAAUAUGCGGUGGAGGAUUGACUGAUGAUGGUGUGAAAAAUAUAAAAAAUCUUUCGUCUCUUAUGUUCUUGAACUUAUCACAAAACUCCAACCUCACAGACACUGCACUCCACUUAAUUUCGGGGCUUACUAGUUUGGUUUCUUUGAAUGUUUCAAAUUCGAGGAUCACGCGUGAUGGGCUGCAGCAUCUGAAAACACUACACAAGUUGAGGUCUUUGUCAAUGGAGUCAUGUGAGGUGACAACAAAUGACAUUAAGGAACUUAAAUCAAAAUAUCUCCCGAAUCUCCUAAGCUUUCGCCCUGAAGAGUGAAGACCAGUUUAGGAUUAUUAUGUCCUGAUUGUACGUACAUUUUACAAUGUUUGUUGACUUAUUGUUCGAGUCGC